AUUUCAAUCUCCUUUGCACCUGGGCAGCGUUGCUGGUGCUGAUCACCGGCUUGGCAGAGUGCUCUUCCAGCACAGCCUAUGGCAACCUGGCUCGGAGUUCAUGGGAGAUCCACGAGGUUAUGUGUUUGCACUACAGCUACCGUGGCUGGAUCUAUCCUUACUUGCUCCGACCGCACCCGGGUGCUCGCAGCAACUUCUCGCUGAUGCCGGCGCUGGGUGGUUUGCAGAGUUCGGGCUUCAUUUGGGCAGAGGCUUUUGCUGAAGAGGACCAAAGCUUCCUUCUGGGCCUCCUCCUCUACUUCUCUGGCUUUAUCGCAUUGGUCUACCACGACUACCUGAUGCGUGAAUUGCGCUCCAGUCCAGGUCCCCGAUAUAGAAUACCCCAUGGCGGCCUGUUCGACUACGCUACGCAAGCAGUCUAUUUCUGCGAGUUGUGGACCUGGCUGGGUUUUUUCCUGAUGAGCUGGGGGCCCAAUGGCCUCUUCAUCUUCUUGGUCUCCUGCGCCAAUCUCAUUCCGAGGAGCGUGGCCUCGCAUCAGUGGUAUGUGAAGACCUUUGGACAGGAGUACGAACAGCUUCAGCGAGCUUUCUUAGUGCCUUUCAUUUGGUGA